AUGUCUAUGUUCCCGCGCUUCCAGGAGUUCUCUCCUCUCUUCCGCCUGCUCGAUGACUACGAUAGAGCCACUCGCACAGCCUUCCCUGGAACGGUCUUCCCCGCUUCAGUCGCCUCCAGCCUGCGGUCCUUCCAGCCAAAGUUCGAUGUCAAAGAACUGAAGGAUGCCUACGAGCUCCACGGCGAGCUGCCAGGCAUCGACCAGAAGGACAUCUCCAUCGAGUGGACCGACGGCAAUACUCUCACCAUCAGCGGCCGCACCGAGCACCGCUCUGAGCGCGGCCAGCCACCAGCGGGCUUCAUCGAAGGCGAGCAGUCCGAGCAAUCCGACAAGUACCAGAAGCCAUCCGUUGAAGACGAAGCUGGCUCCUCCGAAGACGCCAAGAAUGACGAGACUGCCGUUACGCAGACCAGCCAGAACAAGGACGUCGCCAAGCAGUCUGCCGAUACUCCAAAGUACUGGGUCACUGAGCGCUCGGUCGGCGAGUUCCACCGCACCUUCAGCUUCCCGACUAGAGUCGACCAGGACAACGUCAAGGCUAGCCUCAAGGAUGGUAUCCUGAGCAUCACUGUCCCGAAGGCUCAGGCACCGAAGCCACGGAAGAUCAACAUUGAGUAA